AUGGACGAGACAACGCACAAACCUAAGAUGGGCGGUCUAAUGGAUCCUCGCAUGGGAACCAUCGACCGCAAUGUCAAGUGCCAGACAUGUGGAGAGGGAAUGUCAGAAUGUCCUGGUCAUUUUGGCCAUAUCGAGUUGGCGAGUACUCGGUGGCGAAAGUGGAGCAUCCGGAGGUUAUGGACGAGACAAUGCACAAACCUAAGAUGGGCGGUCUAA